AUGAUUCCAAGGGGAAUUUCCACAAAAUCGGCCACUUUCUCGAACGGUCAACCCAAUUGGAAUCUUUCACAGAUCUCCGCUUACCAGAUGAUCUCCGAUUUGAAUUUAACACUGAUUUUUGUGCUUUUGAUAAUCAUUGUUGGUUUGCUGUCAUUGGUGAUAAGGCUAUGGUUUUUGAGGAGACCGGAGAAGAUUAUCUACGUGGCCUCGGUGCAAACAGGCAGUCCACGACACGGAGUCACCAUGUACAGUUUUGCCGAGAAAGAUCCAAAGAACAGCUACAUGAAUCCAUCGUAUGAGCAUCAAGAAUUGAUCGGAUGG